AUGUCCACCAACAGACCAUUCCUAGCCAACUUCCUAGCCGCGUUCCGCGCCCAGUCAACCUACAAAGCAGCAACAGUGACCUCCCAAUCAACUAACACCCUCCCAUCCGCACAGUCCAUCACACAAUCAGCCCGCGCCAUCGCGACCAAAGCCACAACUACAACCCACUCGCACUCACACUCGCACCACAAUCACCACCACACCUCAAGUCCAGCUGCUACACCGCAUCAAUACCAUCACACAACGGACCCGCUAACAGCCCCGCCCCCAGCGUCAUCAUCCUCAACGUCAACUCCCAUUCCGAUAAACCAUGGCUCGGGCACAGUAACUGGUCCGGACCGCCAGCGGAGAGGUAGUGACUCGUCAAGUGGUUCGGGCGGGUUCUACGAUGCCCUCGGAGCUGAGAAGUGGUAUAUUGGCGGCCGGACUCCGGCUGGCGAGGAACGUUUCUAUCGGCUUGGUAUGGUGACGAAUGGGGGUGGGCGGUUAGGUGGGGGAGGUCGUGUUGGGAGUAUUGAUCAGUUGAGUCUUUGA